CAUACAUUAAUACUGGUCGAACCCAUAUUUCGACUUAUGACCAUGAAUCGGAUCCAGCAAGGAUUACCUGAUGUUUAUAAAUGAACACUUGAAACAAAUCACUUGGUCAAUAGUUGUGUAGUGACUAUACCGGAUACAACAUGACUUUGUGUUUAACAAUGUUGGCCAUUUUGGCCGCAGUGAUCAGUCCAAUGACACAAGGUAUGAUCAUUUACAACCCAACUUCAUACACUUCGGGUCGGCAAUAUUAUAAUCCAUGUUCUCCAAACCCUUGCGGUACCAAUACAAAUUGUCGUGUAAAUAAUGAUCGGCCAGUCUGCAGUUGCUUGCCAGGGUAUUUUGGUAAUCCACUCUCUAUCUGUCAACGGGGUGAAUGUGAAGUCAAUAGCGACUGUACCAACAGCAGAGUGUGCCGUAAUUAUAAGUGUGAAGAUGUAUGUGCAGGUCAAUGUGGUAUAAAUGCACAGUGCACUGCGAGAAAUCAUGUGGCUGUUUGUUCUUGUCUGCCAGGUUAUAAUGGAGAUCCAUCGUCUUCAUGCCGUCAAAAUGAUCCACAGGAACAAUGUCAUCCAAGCCCUUGUGGAGCAAAUACCAAAUGUGAAGUGAUUAAUGACGUGCCUGUAUGUUCGUGUUUACCAGGAUAUGUAGGAUCAGGUAUAACCGGAUGUCGUCAUGAAUGCGAAUCUGAUUAUGAAUGUGGUCCCACUCAAAUGUGUCAAAAUUACUUGUGUACAGCAGCUUGUGCUAUUGGCACUUGUGCAUCUACCGCUAUUUGCGACGUUCAAAACCACCGACCAGUUUGCUCAUGCCCAAAGGGAUAUUUUGGAAAUCCAUUAGUUUCGUGUAGAGCUGAAUGUCUUACUCACAGUGAUUGUCCAUCAGAUCGUCCAUCGUGCUUAGGAGAGAAAUGUGUUAAUCCAUGUACAGGCGUUUGUGGUAUAAACGCUAAUUGCGAAGUUCGUGACCACAUUAAAGCUGUAUGUAGCUGUCCAAAAACUAUGACGGGUGAUCCUUUUGUUCGGUGCAGACCAUUUGAGCCAGCUGACUUGUGUGAACCUUUCCCUUGUGGAUCAAAUGCCAAAUGUACACCAGGACAUGACGUCUCAGGACAAGAACGUCCAGUGUGCACUUGUUUAUCAGGAUAUGUAGGAAACGCAAUUGCAGGUUGUAUCCGAGGCGAAUGUGAAUCUGAUAUCGAGUGUCGUUAUGACCAAACCUGCUCCAACUACAAGUGCCAGAAUGUGUGCGCUGGUCAAUGUGGCGUUGACGCUGAAUGUAACGCAAGGAAUAGAGUAGCUACUUGCACAUGCCCACCAGGUUACGAAGGAGAUGCUUCAGUAAGAUGUUACCCAAAAAGCAGUAGAAACGCUAGAAUUGGACGGGUGUACUACAAUAAAAAAUAAAAAGGAUUUUUGUAGAAUGUUUGUGUAAUUCUAAUUUAACAUGCUUAUAUAUUAUUAUUUGUGUAUAUUAAUCCCAUGAGUCAUAAAUUUUCAAAUAUAUAUUUUUGUACGUA